AAUUGCAAAGGUUGGAAAUUUGGGGAUUAGAUUUGUAGCGGCAAGUGCUUCCUUGCUGCCAUAUUUUCUCGCAAGAUCUGUAGAUUCCACAUGUCGAGUGAGAGAGCCAUCGAACUCUGCAAGGCCGCUAACGGCCUCGAAAAGGUCAUCCUCCGCGACGCACGAGGCAGCUCCGCCGAGGUUUAUUUGUAUGGAGGACAAGUGACAUCUUGGAAGAAUGACCAUGGGGAGGAGUUGCUUUUUGUUAGUAGUAAGGCAAUCUUCAAGCCACCAAAGGCAAUUCGUGGAGGAAUUCCAAUAUGCUUCCCUCAAUUUUCAAAUCACGGGUCUCUUGAGCAGCAUGGAUUUGCUAGAAACAGGUUUUGGAGCAUUGAUACUGAUCCACCUCCUCUUCCAACAAACUCAUCUAGUCAGGUUCAUAUUGAUUUGAUCCUUAGGCCUUCUGAAGAAGAUAUGAAGAUCUGGCCCCACAGUUAUGAGUUCCGUCUGAGGAUAGCUUUAGGACCUGGAGGAAAUCUUAUGUUGAUAUCUCGAGUCAGGAAUACCAAUACUGAUGGAAAGCCAUUUACAUUCACAUUUGCAUACCACACCUAUUUCUCUGUUUCUGACAUCAGUGAAGUUCGUGUUGAAGGAUUAGAGACACUUGAUUAUCUAGACAACUUACAGAAUAAGGAGCGCUUUACUGAGCAGGGAGAUGCGAUAACAUUUGAAUCAGAAGUUGACAAGAUAUACCUCAGCACUCCUACGAAAAUUGCUAUUUUGGACCAUGAAAAGAAGAGAACAUUUGUAAUACGCAAAGAUGGACUUCCAGAUGCUGGUUUGCCCAUAUACUUUCUUAUAAAUGUUGAUGCCAUUCAUAUAUGGAGAGGGGGAUAUGAGAGUCCUAAAUUUCUGAAGAAUGACCCAGGGAAGAAUAAGAUUGGAAAUUUUUUAAUAGGAUCAUCUGAAACUCUUCUUUUCUUCUUUUGUGCAGUGGUAUGGAAUCCCUGGGAUAAAAAGGCAAAGGCGAUGGCUGAUUUUGGAGAUGAUGAAUACAAGCAUAUGCUGUGUGUGGAGGCCGCUGCUAUUGAGAAGCCUAUCACACUAAAACCUGGUGAGGAAUGGAGAGGAAGACAGGAACUUUCUGCUGUUCCUUCCAGUUACUGUAGUGGGCAACUUGAUCCUCAGAAAGUUCUGCAAUGUAGCUGAAAGAAUAAGAUCUGUCAUUCUAGUCUAUAUCUGUACAGGUAUGUUUAUGCAACAUGUGGAUGGAUUGUAACAGUGAAUCCUGGCCCACAUUUUUAAUUGGUUACCUCUUGAAUUUCCCUUGGUUAAAGGGUGGAUUCGUGAGUUGCUAGGACUUGUCAAAUAAUGUUGCUUCUAAUGAUACUGAAUUUCUCAAGCAAAAUACUGUCAAAUUGGGUAACCGUUUAAGGUUGUGUUAGUUGUUGAAGUGGUCUAAACAAAAGGGCUUAUAGGGGGGUCAACGUUUCCUACUACUAUGGUGGAUGUGAUUUGAUGUGCAAAAGUUCUAUUAUCCCUUUCCUAUCUCUCCGUAUACUACCUGCCUUUAAUGUGAGAAAAGGCAAUUGUUUCUGUUCCUUUUCAAUAGCCGCUAUUAGAGGCUGUUGUUAUUUUGAGCUGCAAAAGAGGCAGGCAGCUGCCUGAACAAGCCUGUAUUUUUACUUUAUAUGAAUAAUACUUGUCAAGUUUAGUUCUGUUUUACAUGCUUCAUGGGUCACCAUCUAUAAGUCAAACGUGCUUUCCAG